AUGGCCGAAGAUUUGGCUGAUCAAAUUGACGACUAUAUCUGUGUAUUUGAAGGAGCCGGUGAUCUAACGAUGGAUACGUUCGUAAUGUUACUGUUCGCGCUGAUCGUGGUAGUGAUAUCGCUCGUGUUUGCGACCAAACUGAUCUACGACAAGUACGUGCUGCGCAAGGGCGCUACGACCAGCGGGACCGCCGAUGGUGGCACCGUCCCCAUCCCGGCCGGUACUGCGACCGGUGGUGUGUCGCCGGUAGCGGCAACGGGUGUGACCGCGGCAACGCGAGCCUCCGAACCGAAGGAGGUGCUCACCAAAAAGGAUGCCAUUCUGUCCCAAGUUCGCAAUGGCGGCAGUGGUGGUAUGGGCGGUGGAGCAAGAACUGGUGGUGGGUUCGGUGGCGGAAGUAUCGGUGCCGCUAGCGGUCCCACGAUCGCCCGCAAACGCAUUUCCCGCAUGAGCCCUGGUCCCGAACUGACGCAGAAAAAGCGUCCGUUGAUACCGCCAUCAAACAUUAAUGGCACUGAUCCGCAAAUCACCCAGUGGGCUAUCCAUCUGUUCCGCUGGUUGUACUCGGACCUGGUGGUGGUGAACAAGCUGCUACAGGACUGGGUGUCCACCGUCAACACGGCACUACUGACGCACGUAGAGCAGCACGAAAUGAUUGUCGAAAUUGUGCGCGUACUGCCGGAAAGUUUGCCGCCGAACCUGUCGAGCAUCUUGUGCGAACCGACCGAUCAAUCGAACGAAGUCGAACUGCUGUUCGAUGUCGAUACUACCCCUGUUCUGCAGAUCAAAGCGUUCAAGUCGAGUAACCAGAAAACCGAAGUGUCCCACUACAAGGCAACCGUCGCGCGAUUGAAGUCCCGUGUUAGCGUCAUCGUCAACUAUUUCGCACUCAAGGGAGAAAUGAAACUCGAAGGAUAUCCUGAUAUAAAAAUUCAUCUAAACAGCAUUGGACCACUGAAAACAGCAAACGCACAGGACGAAAAGAAACAGAUCGAUGUCAUUACGGAGCUGCUGAUCGGUUCGAUCCGCGAUGUAGUGUACCCGGUUGACUUCUCCAUCUACUCCACCUGUCCGAGAAUAAUGGGCGAAGAGUCCGAAGAAGUCACUUCUGAUUAUGGCUACGGUGGCUACAGUGAUGGAUAUCGCGCUUAUCAAGAUGAUGCUUACGGUACCGGAUUAUCAGCAUCCCCAAGGAAAUUACUAGUCAAAGUGUUGAAAGCAGAGGGACUGUUGAAGUGCACUCAACCUUACUGUGUGAUCGAAAUGGACGAACCUGCCCAGAAGCACCAAUCUGCGUCCAAGCAAGGCCAAAAUCCGUUCUUUGAUGAAACCUUCCUGUUUGAUCUGUCGAACCAUUCGACCGAACUUCUGUUCGAGGUGUACGAUACUGUAGCCGUAGGUAAUGAUAAUUCGACAUCCACAAACAAACAGGAAAGAACCGCUGGGGAUGAGAGUAGCAGCGAUCCUCAAGCGGUUCCUUCUCCGACGGUUAACACGGCCACAUCGAGCAUGCCUUCGACGCCGGUCGUCGAUAGUACUAACAACACGUGUGUUCCAAACGAACUGUACAAUGGCAGCGAUGGUAUGCUAGCCACCGUUGCCGAAUGUCCAGAAACGGGUGCCGUAUCGGAGGACGAUACCGUCAAUCCGCUAACCGCCAAAGCUACCGUUACUGACUCCUGUGGCGAAUCUGCAUGUUCUGAUACUAACCUAUCUAAAUCCCGUAAUGCAUCUGGUGGCCAAAAGUUCCUCGGAUUGGGUUUGGUAGGGAUCGACGAAUUGGCCAACGGUCCAGCCACCACACAGAUACUCGAGCUGCAGCCCCGUCCAUACGAAACGGAAACCAUUACCGGUUCCUUAACGGUUGAGUUUGUGUUCAUCGAUUCACCACCGGUUCCUGCAGCACGGCGACAGUACACUCAGCAAUCCUUCCACACGAAUGGAAUGUCCAACUUUGCACGAGAUGCCAUCACGAGCACGCCCGGUCCGGGAAGCCCGAAUGCGGUAAAUGGUGGUACGGGUACUACCGGGUCACCGCUGUCUCCGUCUUCACCGUCCAAGCUACUGUCAAACAAAGCACAGACGAUGGCAGAACGUAACCAAAGGUUCCAAGCGGCAGAAGCUAAUCGAAUGAACAACUCGUUCCUAAAACCGUCCGCUGCUGGACAUAUGAACUCCUUCAACGGUGGUAAAUCGGAAUCGACACCCGCCUCGCCGGCUCUCUCCUCGGCUUCAGCUACCUCCCAGUCCAUGGCCGCCAGCCUAAGCAACAGUGCGCCGGUGAGCGUCAACUCGGUGCCGCCGGUUAAAAAACCGCGCAACAUCUUCGGCACGUUGCGCAGCAAGCUGACACCGUCCAAGAAGUCCAAAUCGUUGGAUGUACCCCAGUACAGUCCAACCGCAACCGGAGGUAACGUGCGCAGCGCAUCGUCAACGCUCAGUCGAGGAUCGUCGCUCGAUCAAAGAUCGAACAUUUUCCGCAAUCUAUCGCGCAAAUCAUCCAUCUCGGAAUCAUCCGCCAUAUCGGGAUUGUCUACCGGCAGUGGGCGAACGUACGUGCACGAAGAGUCAACGCUACUGCUCGAAACGACGGAAAACAAUGUGGUUCGCCAUUAUCUGGUACCGCUCGAGGUGGCCACCAAGCAGAAGAAUUGGAAGCGCAAAGGGACCAAGCUACACAUCUACAACGAUCACACGUUCGUUGCAAAACACAUCCCUGGUGGACUCCUGUGCUUUGUUUGCAAUCGCAGCAUACCGAGGCGCCCGGGAAAGCAGGGCUACGAAUGCCGGGACUGUGCGAUCCAGUGCCACAAGCCGUGCCACGUACGGGCUCCCCAAGCCUGUCCGAAUCCGAAAAUACUGUCCAUGCAGCUUUUAAGGUGGCCCUGGACGCAGUAA